AUGCCGCCGAAAAGAGAGCGCAAGAAAGGUGGACGCACAGACGUCGGUGAAAUGAAGAGGCCGAUGAAUGUUACCAUUACAUGUCACCUUGUCAGAACUAUAAUAUUUGAAUUUGAGAGAAGAGCUGUUAAAUAUACUUUAUGUAUCAUUAUUAAUUUUCACGUCGCAGCUCCUGGCCCCCAAUAUGAACUUAAAACGCUGGUCGGUCACAAGAAUCAUUGCAUUUCGAAAUAUCGAAAUCCAGCUUAUACGUUCGGCGGACGUCGUAUGAUCAUCGAGACGGAGAAAUCUCCAGGACCGAAGUACACGAUUAAAGAACGCAAACUCCAAGGAUACACCUUUGGACUCGCCGCGAAACGUCGCGACAUCGAUUUCGGACCCGGCCCGAAGUACAAGUUACCCGACGUUGCUCGUGGUCCUUCCUUCUCGAUAAAAUGGAGAACCAAACCAAGAAAAAUCAGCGAAACGCCGGGUCCUUACUACCUCAAGCCCAUCUUUGACGCACCUGCGUUUUCCAUAGGGUUGCGUCCAGCCGUAUCGAAACCCAUACCUAGCGCGGGACCCUAUUCACCUUACAAUUUGGAGGCGGUAAAACCAAAAGCUCCGAUGUACACCAUAACUGCCAGGCGACCGGUGAAAAUAAUCUCGAAAAGUCCAGGUCCGAUAUACGCCCUUCCGCCGUUCAAACCAACUCGCGCUUUUUCUUUCGGUGUAAAACACAGCGAAUGCGCACCACCCUACGUAACCGAAUGCGAUGAACAGUGCUGAAGUUUGAGAAAGA